AUGGCUCGAUCAGUUCUCAUCUUUGGCGCCACCGGCAAGCAAGGCGGCGCCGUCAUCAACACGCUCGUCGCCGACAAUGCGGACCUCGACAUCCUCGCCGUCACCCGCAACCCGUCCUCGGCCUCCGCACAGCGCCUCGCCCACAAGUCGAGUCGCAUCAAGCUCGUCGAGGGCGACCUCGCCGACCCGGGCCUCGUCCUCAAGACGGCCCAGGCCCUCAGCGGCGCGCCCAUCUGGGGCGUCUUCAGCGUGCAGGUCGGCAUAGGGGCCGGCGCCGGCGACGAGCAGCGCCAGGGCAAGGGCCUCGUCGACGCCUCCCUCGCGGCGGGCGUCGAGUUCUUCGUCUACACAUCCGUCGACCGCCACGGCGACCGGUCGGGCACGAACCCGACCGACGUGCCGCACUUUAUCCACAAGCACGCCAUCGAGAAGCACCUCCUGGCCCGCGCCGAGGGCACGCGCAUGGCCUGGACGAUCCUGCGCCCCGUCGCCUUCAUGGAGAACCUGACCGACGACUUCUUCGGCCGCGUCUUCCCGACGGCCUGGCGCAGGGGCGCCGGCGGCAAGAACCUGCAGCUCGUCGCCGUCAGCGACAUUGGCGUCUUCGCGGCCAAGGCCUUUGCGCAGCCCGAGGCGUGGGCCGGCAGGGCCGUGUCGCUGGCGGGCGCGAACCCGACGCUCGACGAGUUCGCGGCCAUCUUCAAGCGGUCCACGGGCCGGGACCUGCCGUAUGCCAACGGCAUCCUCGUGUCGAUCAUCAUGUGGCUCAUGAAGGAUUUCGGGUCCAUGUUCCGGUGGUUUGCCGAGGAGGGCUACGAUGCGGACAUUGAGGCGCUGCGGAAGAUCCACCCGGGGCUCAAGGAUGUGCAGGCGUGGCUCGAGACGGAGAGCGACUUUAAGAAGGCGGAAUGA